GAUGCUGUUAUGAAAUUCACCGAUGCUACCUUCAAGGAUGGCAUCAAACCGUACGAUAUAUUGCUUGUGAAAUUUUUUGCUCCAUGGUGUGGACAUUGCAAAAAGAUAGCGCCUGAAUUUGAAAAAGCUGCCGCAAAAUUGGUGCAAAAUGAUCCGCCAGUUUAUCUUGCCGAAGUAGGUGAAGUUAAAAAAUGGGACCUACUCCUAAAGUAA